AUGGUGCCUCCCCCUUACCAAUAUUAUCUGGUAUAUCCUCCAUACUAUCCAUCGGCCGCCACUACUGUAAGGCAGGUGGAAUCAUUUAAGAGGCACUUGCCGCUUAUCUUCCCCAAGGUGGGGAGUGACCCAUUAGAGCCGGAUCGGUGGAUCCAAGAAUUGGAGAAGAUAUUUGAGAUAGUAGAAUGUACAGAAUCUCAGAAACUCAUAUAUGCUGGGUUACAAUUAAGAAAUGAAGCUGAUUCAUGGUGGAAGGCUACUAAGCCUAUCUUGUUAGCAACCCAUCCGGAACCAACAUGGGAACAAUUCAAGGAAAUGUUUCUAUCAAAUUAUUAUCCCUCAAGCUUCAGAGAUCGGAAGGCGACUGAAUUCUCAUCUUUGAUUCAAGGAAACAAGUCAGUCUUUGAGUACCAGCAGCAGUUUGAGGAACUGUUUUACUUUACCCCUCCAAACAUUAAAACAGCCAAGGAAAAGGCAAAGAAAUUUCUGAAAGGGCUAAAGAAGGCCAAGACUAUAGAAGACAAGCAGAAGGGAGAGCCCUCCACAACACCUGGACUUUGA